GGAGAAGAGAAGGGAAAGAGAAAGGAAAAGAGACUGAAGAGAAAUAAGUGAUGGGAAGCUGCGCUCCUCUUACUCCAUCGAGAUAGGGACAUCUUGGAGGCAAAGCAGAGGUAAAACUUUACUAUGUUUCCAAAACUGGAAGCUGCAGGAGGCAGCUCAGUAGGAACCAACAUGACUUUCUGCACAGCCAUUCUGGACCAGCAGAGACCUUCCUGCAGAGAAAGCAAGUUGGGACCUGGGAAUGAUGAUGCUGGAGGACUAGGAAUGAGAGACAACUCAGGUUAUCAGAGUUUCUCAAUGAACUGCAAAAUGACGCUCCGCUCAGGCCGUGAAAAGCCAUACAGAGUGCCUACUUGUGGAAGGCAACUGGUGAGAAGGAAACUUCUGGAGAGCACUAGAUCAGCAGCUGCUGAAAAUUCAGAGCUUCAACUGCGGAAAACACUGAGAUGCUAUAUACAGACUGAAGAUUCAAAAACCGUGCAUUUCAGCUUAGAUGAACGUGGUCGUCAUGAAAUAUCAACCACAGAUUCACAACUCCCAGCAGAUACAGCAUGGUUAAGCCUAUUCACAAGCAAUAAGCCAGCAGUUAGAGCAAAAACAAACUCUAAAAACGUGGUGGUCCUCAUGCAGAGAUUGAAGUGUAAUGAAUUUGUUCUGUUGAGCAAGGGUGAAAAUCAACUCUGUCUGAAGGUUUUAAAGGGAUGCUGUUCUGAGCCAGAUCAUGCUUCAGUGAAAGGAGGCAACGCAAAAACGUGCAAGGAGGGAAGUCUUGACUUCAGAAAGCUACAGGAAGAAAAUCACUUUUUCAUCAUGCAUUCUGAAGGAGAUUCAGUGAAGUUCCAGUGCUACCAAGACACAAGUUACUUUCUGCACGUGAAUGAGAACUCACUUGACAUACGCAAGCUGGAUCGCAAAGACCCUGAUGGGGAGAGAAACUUUAUCUUCAAGGUGACUUAUUUUUAGGAAAAUUAUUUUUUCUACAUUUCAGUGGCCUAAGUGUCAGUACAGCUCCUGUCACAAUCUAACAGAGAGGGCGAGAAGUUGAGAUUAACUCAUUUCUAUUUUGCCUUUUUACUUUUUUUUUUGUUGUUGUUGCUGUUUUAAUCACCAUUUUGCACGAGUAACAUCUUUUCUUUCUGUACUUACAAUAGGAAGAGAUAAGGGCUAAAUUUGAAAAACAGAGUAACUAAUCAGUCUCUUCAUAUUGUACCUGCACAAUUAUGGUCUUAAGGAGCUGAAUUCUCCCUGAAGUGGAAAAGCACAUCGGAUAUAUUUCAAGGACAAGGGAAAAGGGCUCACGCACAGGCAUGGAAAAGCAUAGCUUUCCACAGUGUAAACACACCACUUUUAAAAAAUAAGUUUCUUACGAGCUCGUCUGAACUUGCAACGAAAACGCUUAGCAGUCCUUAAAUGCGCACUCGCGUGUGCUGACCGAGCGGCUGUGGGGAAGCCGAGCAAAGCACCGCUCAUCUCAAGGGGGGCGGGGGAGGUCAGGGCUGGGCAGCUCGGUGGGCGCGUGCGCUCGGCCCGGCAGCGCUGCAGGCCGUGCAGGCCGACCGGCCGCCCUCCGCCGCCGGGCCCGAGGGGAAGCGUGGUCAGGGCUUGGCUGCAAAGCGGCGUGCAGGGCGACAUCUGAAGCAUUCGAAUGUUCAGAGUGACUAAAUAAAGUGGAAGUGACUAAGUGAACUGAAAAAUCCCACACAGCACCGGAGUAGCAGCCUUUUAGCAACGGGCUCUGUCAGUCAGGGUUGGACUUAAUGAUCUUAAAGGUCUUUUCCAGCCUUAGUGAUUCUAUGAUUCCGGGAGGAAGAUGCUGCCCCUUAGAGUACACACAGUGUACUCUUCGAGGCACAAAACACAUUGAAUAGAAGAGGAAACAAACCGCAGCUGUGCACACAAUCACUAGGUGUUAAAAGCCUGCUUCUCAGCUGCUGUGUGUGCAGCCUCGCUGCCAUUUGGUGGCGCUUUUCUUUAACACAACGCGUUUGGGAAUAUAUCUGUAUGAAUGCCAGGUGCCAUGCGCCUGUGCAAGGAGCUGUGGCUUAGCUGCACUGAAACAGCGUACGGCAGCACUGCCCUGCCAGGAUUGUUCAUUGUCAGUGUGGCAGACAGUGCAUACCUGGAAUAGGAACCCUAACACCCUCCAAUCAUAUUCACGUGCAUUGCAGCAGGCCAAUGUUAUAUUUCUUUCAGUAACAGCAAUCAGGCAUUUCACUGCUGGACUACUACACUUGGAAUAGUGAAAAUCAUUUUAUUGCUUCCAUUGCUGAUAGAACAGAAAAGAGCUUCUGAGUAUUCCAUAGACAAUACUUACAGCUUCUAGGUCUGUUUAGUGUUCACUGAAGUCAGUGGGUGGGAAACAAACACAAACAUAAAAACAGCCCAAUCCCAACUACAACAGCAAUAAAAAACCUACAUGGUUAAUGGGAAAUACUGGUGAUAGCUGGACGGUUGGGCUGGAUGACCUUAGAGGUCUUUUCCAACCUUGGUGAUUCUAUGAUUCUAUGCUUCUAUGAUUCUACACUGACUACAGAACAUGUUACGCAAGAACUAAGUUAUUUUGAGCAAUCUGUUAUGCUAUACAAAGAAUAAAUUAAAUUGUGUAUCAGGUGCAGUAAUUUCUCUGAGACAAUAACUCCUGGCAGUCUGACAUUUACCAGUGGUAACGUGAUCACCUUAAUCACAAUAGCUGAUGAAACUGCUACAACUCAUCACAAAGCUUGCACGAAGCAUACUGGUAAAAUACAUCUGUUCUGCUGAUGUACACAAAAAAAUGUGUUUAAACUCAGUGAACAUUGAUUCUAUUCUGUAGUCAAAGCUUAAAUUUUGGCUGUAAUGUGGAACACUGCACCUCUAAAGUCUACCUUAAAAAUAAGAUUUUUUAAAAACACUUUAAAGCCUUUUUGGAAAGCAGCAGUGGUAAUUUUGUAAAGUUGGAGAUUUGAGAUACAAGGUAAAAAUGUCAUUUGACAAUUUUUUUCAGAAAGUAAUAAAUUCAGUCAGCUCUGUGAUGAGAAAUCAGAUCAACACCUUAUCUUUCCCAGAGUCUUACUUUGCACACACAAAAUCUGUAAACUGAUGUUUUCAGCUUCCAACUAAUUUGAACGAGUAGCAGACAAGGGGGAAAGCAUAUACUAGUUUUAUUUAAACAUAAAUAACAAAAUAAUGCCAGUGAGUGUUUUUAAAAAUAUAGCCUCUUAUCACUUUGCAGUGGGAAAAAAAACACAUUUAUCCAAUGUGUCCAAGAUUUGAAUAUGAAAUAUAAUUACUAUUUUGCAGUUUCUUUUCAAAACAAGGCAUAUAUUCUUAAACUUUUACUUUGCAGACAUGGUAAUUAUUAAAAUAUUAAUACUAAUGUAUUGGUUUUGUUUUUCUGCUCUUCAAAUCUGUGCCUUAAAGAAAAUGCUGGGUUCUGUUUAUUGGGGAAUAACUCAGUGCAAGCGUUCUUCAUCUGUAGCUUCGUGGGCUUUUGGUACUUUGACCAUAUUUGCGACUGGCUAGCAUAAAAUUUGUGAAAGAAUGUCGUUCAGUAUAAAUAAUGUGAUUUUGAUGCUAGUUAAUCCAAGGAAAAAAAACAACAAAAUAAUGUAUAAACAAGUGGUGACCAUACCUGCCUAGGAUCUAUGAGCUAAUUAAUCCAGAGACUGGAUUUCUUUCGUCCUUGGAGAAGGGAAUGGUUGUUUACAGUAAAAGAACACUGAAGAUUGGCGAAAGGAUCACAGCAUUAAAGUCUGCUUAGAAACAACUGUUGUACAUAAAAGCAUGAGAUUGGUACCCAACCUUGCUAAGCCUGAAAUAUAUGCCUUCUAUGUGCACAGUGUUACGUACUAACUUCAUUACGGACAACUGUGGAUUAUGAACUAGAUAUCAAAAUUAGAAAUUGUUAGUCUAAUGAAUGUUUUUACAGCCUGAACAAAGUGUAACAACCUAGCUUGAGUGCAGCUACAACAGUACUAAAACUUGUAAAAGUCGUAAGUAAUCCAAGUUAACCAUUUUCUAUUAAAGGAACACUAUCAAAUACUAUGUACAUUUCCAUUAACUCUCUUAAUUCUAAUUAGUAAUACAAUAAAGGAAUAGGCAAAGAU